AUGGCGCAUCCACGAGUCUAUUUUUCCCUUCCCGUACGACCAUUCCUUCCAAGACGAGCCCGUUGCAGCCGAUUAUUCCUACAAGACCUUCAAAAGCCAUGCAUCGCACGGAACCGGUUUCAGAGCACCCAUGCCGACCCUGAAACACCACCUCAGCCCGGCAAAAAUGCCGUAUCGGACGAGGUAACACCAGACCUGUCGCAUCUGGACCCUUCUCCGGAGGAUUAUUCACGGUUUAUUUUUCAAGACAAAUGCCGGGUCAAAAUACAUGCUGGAUCUGGUGGACACGGUUGUGUCGCCUAUCUGCGCGAGAAAUACGUUGAAGAGGGACCCCCGAACGGCGGCGACGGUGGUAGCGGAGGCGGUAUCUACAUCCAGACCGUUGAGGGCUUGACCAGUCUUCACAAGCUGGCCCGCAGAGGCAUUGUCAGAGCUAGCAGGGGCCGAAACGGACAGGGUAAAAGUAAGGGUGGAAAACGAGGCGAUGACGUCCUCCUUCAGGUACCUGUCGGCACCGUGGUGCGGGAGGUGAGCCGUUAUGAUCCGGUCGAGGUGGAGUGGGCCCGCAUCAAGGCGGCGGAAGAAGCGGCCUAUAUUGCUAAAGAGGAGAAAAAGGUUUGGCGGGAUCCUGAUGAUCCUGAUGAUCCUGAAGCUGAAGGGGAAGGAUUCGAAGAAACAGAAGAGGCGGAGUUCAACCCUAUCCAGCACGAACGCUGGGUGUUACACCCCGCCGCAAAGCCGUCUGAUUUCCUUAUGGUGCAGUUCCCGAAAUCAUACCCGCGACGCCAGAAUAUAGCAGCCAUGGAACCCAAGUCGCCGAUCUGGCUGGACCUUUCAAAACCCAUGGAUAAACCCAUGCUUUUGGCUGCCGGUGGUAUUGGCGGGCUGGGGAAUCCGCAUUUCUCCACGCGCGUAAUGGGACGACCAAAAUUCGCAAGCCGAGGUGAAGGUGGAAUGAUGUUAGAGCUCGACUUUGAGCUUAAGCUCCUUGCAGAUGUCGGAUUGGUUGGGAAACCGAACGCCGGCAAGAGUACGCUUCUCCGCUCAUUGACCAACAGUCGGACCCGCAUUGGAAACUGGGAGUUCACGACACUUUCUCCCAGUAUUGGUACUGUUAUCACCGACGACAUGAAGGGUCGUCCUCUUGUUGAGUCGAAGGCCCGUCGCACACACUUUACUAUUGCAGACAUUCCGGGUCUAGUGGAAGGCGCCCACCUCGACCGAGGACUUGGUCUCGGGUUCCUUCGACACAUCGACCGAGCUGGGAUUCUGGCCUUCGUGGUUGAUCUCAGUCUCGGCGAUCCUGUACAGGAACUCCAGAAACUGUGGCGCGAGCUUGGAGAGUACGAGCGAAUGCGCGAUGCAGACCCUGACUCUACCGAGGAAGACGACAUCAUUGAAUGGAAUCCAUUCACUGAAAACGCGGAUGGUGGUCAUCGACGACAGGCACUCGACCGAGAGCCUGCCCCGAUAUUGAAUACCAACCCCGACGGCUCGUUGCCUCCGCUGGUAAUGACACCUCUGCAUUUGAAGCCAUGGUUUGUCGUGGCAACCAAGGCAGACCUGGAAAACACACAAGAUCAAUUCCGAGCUCUGCAGGAGUACUUAUCUGGUGUUCGGAAUGGCUCGAUUGAACACCCAUCAGGUCAUGAAAGGGCUUGGAAGGAGAAGGUGUGUGUUGUUCCGGUCAGUGCCAAAAGAGGUGAAGGUGUGUCUCAAAUUCCCAAAUUGGUGAUGGAGCUUCUCGAGUGA